AUGAAUGUUGGGGAGCAAGUACAGGGUUCUUCGUCUCUAUCAUCUCCUCCUCUUCCUCCUGGAACCCAGAGACUCUUGCCUUUUAUUGAGGCUUACUUUGUUUUGUGUGAAAAACUACAAGCAAACAAUUCCAUCAUGCAGCAAGAUCAUUCCUCCUACUCAACUGCAAGAGAAGUCAAGGAGUUCGCAGGGAGUUCAUCUCCGUUGUCUAUGAAAUGUGGAGUGGAUUCUCAGAGGAGGCUUGAUGGUGCUGUCACAUUUGCAAGGUUUGCUGAGAAGCAUCACCGGCUGCUGAAUGCUUUUGUCAGGCAGAAUCCUGGCUUGUUGGAGAAAUCACUUUGUAUGAUGCUGAAAGCCCCCCGGCUGAUUGAUUUUGACAACAAAAGGGCUUAUUUUCGCUCAAGAAUUAGGCAGCAGCAUGACCAACACUUAUCUGGACCACUGCGGAUCAGCGUUCAACGGGCAUAUGUUUUAGAGGACUCGUAUAACCAGUUGCGAAUGCGACCAAAUCAAGACCUGAAGGGACGCUUGAAUGUGCAUUUUCACGGUGAAGAGGGUAUUGAUGCUGCUGGGUUGACGAGAGAGUGGUAUCAAUUACUGUCAAGAGUUAUAUUUGAUAAAGGGGCUUUGCUUUUCACAACUGUGGGAAACAAUGCAACCUUCCAACCGAACCCUAAUUCUGUCUAUCAGACUGAACAUCUUUCAUACUUCAAAUUUGUUGGCCGCGUGGCACUGUUUGAUGGGCAACUGUUGGAUGUUUAUUUCACUCGGUCCUUUUACAAGCACAUUCUUGGAGUAAAAGUGAUUUAUCAUAAUAUUGAAGCUGUUGAUCCUGAUUACUACAAAAACUUGAAGUGGAUGCUGGAGAAUGAUGUGAGUGAUAUCCCCGAUCUGACAUUUAGCAUGGAUGCGGAUGAAGAAAAACUCAUUCUCUAUGAGAAAACAGAGGUUACCGAUUAUGAGCUCAAACCCGGAGGAAGAAAUAUAAGGGUCAACGAAGAAACAAAGCAUGAAUAUGUGGACCUUGUGGUUGAUCAUAUUUUGACAAAUGCUAUUCGUCCUCAAAUUAAUUCCUUCCUAGAAGUCGAUGAUCUGAAGGCCAACUCUGAGUAUACUGGCUGCACAGCAGCAUCAAUUGUUGUUCAGUGGUUUUGGGAGGUUGUCAAAGCCUUUAACAAGGAAGACAUGGCAAGAUUCUUACAAUUUAUAACUGGUACAUCAAAGGUUCCUUUGGAGGGUUUUAAAGCAUUGCAAGGCAUUUCUGGUCCCCAAAGGUUUCAGAUUCACAAGGCAUAUGGAGCUCCUGAGCGCCUGCCAUCGGCUCAUACCUGGUCAGUGCUUAGAUCAAUUGAUAUAAGCUGUGGUAUGUUACAUGGACUUGGGUGCUUUGUGUCUGGUAUAGGUACAUGUCUAGGCGUUGGACCUUCUUCAACACAAAAUCUUAGCAUAAUGGGAUUCAUUCGAAAAGUGAUCAAAGAUUGGGGUAGGGGUAAGGCGAUACAUUGGGAACAAUUGACACUCUAUGUCAAUGUUUUAUGCAGGAUCAGCUUCAAGAGUGCUUGCUACUCGCCAUCCAUGAAGCUAGUGAAGGAUUUGGCUUUGGUUGAGAUAAAUUUCUCUAUAAUGGAUGUGACCCCAGCAUUGCAGGCAUUCAAUCCUGUGAUGAAUGCCGUGUACAUAUAA